AUGGCAAAUCCUUUUUCGAGAUGGUUUCUAUCAGAGAGACCUCCAAACUGCCAUGUAGCCGAUUUAGAAACAAGUUUAGAUCCCCAUCAAACUUUGCUGAAGGUGCAAAAGUACAAACCUGCUUUAAGUGACUGGGUGCAUUACAUCUUCUUGGGAUCCAUCAUGUUGUUUGUGUUUAUUACUAAUCCCGCACCUUGGAUUUUCAAGAUUCUUUUUUAUUGUUUCUUAGGCACUUUAUUCAUCAUUCCAGCUACAUCACAGUUUUUCUUCAAUGCUUUGCCUAUACUAACAUGGGUGGCGCUUUAUUUCACUUCAUCGUAUUUUCCAGAUGACCGCAGGCCCCCUAUUACUGUUAAAGUGUUACCAGCGGUGGAAACAAUUUUAUAUGGUGACAAUUUAAGUGAUAUUCUUGCAACAUCGACGAACUCCUUUUUGGAUAUUUUGGCAUGGUUGCCGUAUGGUUUAUUUCAUUUCGGGGCCCCAUUUGUCGUUGCUGCCAUCUUAUUCGUAUUUGGGCCACCAACUGUUUUACAGGGUUACGCCUUCGCAUUUGGUUAUAUGAACCUGUUUGGUGUUAUCAUGCAAAAUGUCUUUCCAGCCGCUCCACCAUGGUAUAAAAUUCUUUAUGGAUUGGAAUCAGCCAACUAUGGUAUGCAUGGCUCGCCGGGCGGAUUAGCUAGAAUUGAUAAGCUACUCGGCAUUAAUAUGUAUACUACAGCCUUUUCAAAUUCCUCAGUCAUUUUUGGUGCUUUCCCUUCGUUGCAUUCUGGAUGUGCUACUAUGGAAGCCUUGUUUUUCUGCUAUUGCUUCCCAAAAUUGAAGCCUUUGUUUAUUACUUAUGUUUGCUGGUUAUGGUGGUCAACUAUGUAUUUGACACAUCAUUAUUUUGUAGACCUGAUGGCAGGUUCUGUGCUAUCAUACGUUAUUUUCCAGUACACAAAGUACACACAUUUGCCAAUUGUAGAUACAUCUCUUUUUUGCAGGUGGUCAUAUACUUCAAUUGAGAAAUAUGAUAUCUCCAAGAAAGAUCCAUUAGCUGCAGAUUCAAACGAUAUUGAGAGUGUCCCUUUGUCCAACUUGGAACUUGACUUUGAUCUUAAUAUGACUGAUGAACCUAGCGUAAGCCCUUCAUUAUUUGAUGGUUCUACUUCCGUUUCUCGUUCGUCGGCUACGUCUAUAACGUCACUAGGUGUAAAGAGGGCUUAA